UAGUAGACCAGAGGGAAGCAUCAUUCAUUCAACACACACCUAGGAGUAUGUACAAUGGCCCAUCCUCAUUUCAUCACACCCAGCCAGACUCCUCUCUAGUACAUACAAGUAGCUAAAGCAAGGAAAAUUCCAAGAAAGCCGCGGCCUCUAGAGCCUAGAGGGAAGCAUCCAGGCAAAUUGAAGAAACAAUGGUGGAAGCUGCAGGCAGAUCGGCAGCCGCAAGGGAGGCCAAGAAGACUACCACUUCCGCCGGUGCCGCCGCCGCCAUGAAGAAGAAACUUGUGAUGAGCAAGAAGCCUCAGAAGGCGGAGAAAGAAGGCAGCGGCAGCCUCAGGACGAAAAAGCAGAGCAGCCAUCGUCAGUGCAGGGAGCCGGAGAGCCCUUCCUACAGGUUAGCGCUCAAGAGCAUCUUCUCCUGCAGAAACAGUAGCGGGCAGCAGCACCCCGCGUCCGCCUCCGCGCCGGAGAGCGGCAAGAAGCUGGGCUGCAAGCUCAAGGACAGCGAGAGCAGCAGCAGCCAGCAGAGGGUGGCGGAGGAGACGGCGGGCGAGGCCUGCAAGCGGCGGGCGUCGGUGAGCGGCAGCAGCGAGCGGUGCGUGAAGAAGCCCCUGAGCGAGCUGCCCAGGCCCAACAACUCGAAGCAGCAGCUGCAGCGGGGUGGGUCGUCGUCGUCGUCUUCGGGCGGGUCGUUCCGGGCCGGCAUGCAGCUGAGGCGGCUGUCGGGGUGCUACGAGUGCCACAUGGUGGUGGAUCCCGUGAGCGGCAGCUCGUCGAUGAGGGCCACCGUGUGCCCCUGCCCCGACUGCGGCGAGAUCUUCGUCAGGCAGGAGAGCCUGCAGCUCCACCAGUCCGUCAGGCACGCAGUUUGUGAGCUUGGCGCUGAUGACACGAGCCGGAACAUCAUCGAGAUCAUCUUCCAGUCGAGCUGGCUGAAGAAGCAGAGCCCCGUGUGCAAGGUGGAGCGCAUCCUCAAGGUCCACAACACGGCCCGCACGCUGGCCCGCUUCGAGGAGUACCGCGACGCCGUCAAGGCCAAGGCCAAUAAGGCCCUUCAGGCCAAGACGACGAAGCACCCGCGCUGCUCCGCCGACGGCAACGAGCUGCUCCGCUUCCACUGCGCCACCCUGGCCUGCGCGCUGGGCCUCAACGGCGCCACGCACCUGUGCGACGCCGGCGGGUGCGGCGCCUGCGCCAUCAUCCGCGACGGCUUCAUGAUCAGGAACGCCAGCGGCGGCGGCGGCGUGCGGACGAUGGCGACGAGCGGCCGCGCGCACGAUGACGCUGUGGCGGACCUGGACCUGGAGGAGCGGAGGAGGGCGAUGCUGGUGUGCCGGGUGAUAGCGGGGCGGGUGAAGCGGCCGCCAAUCCUAAAGGAGGAGGAAGCCGAGGAGGGUUCGGCGGCGGCGGCGGAGGCAGAUGAGCUGCCGCAUGAUGGUGAUGAUGAGUUGGAGUUCGACUCGGUGGCGGGGUCGGCGGGGGUGUACUCCAACCUGGAGGAGCUGCAGGUGUUCAACCCAAGGGCCAUCCUGCCAUGCUUUGUUGUCGUCUACAAGGCGGCUUAAUACAAGUUGUUAGCGGCAGGCACGCAUGAUAAGUGUAUUGUACUACUAGUAUGUUGUAUACGCACGCGGUAAUGACUUGUUGAUCUGAAGGCCAUUCAUUCAUUUCCCA